CUCCGACGGUGCUCCUCGACGAGUCUGGGCUUGAGGUUUCUUCCUCACCACACCAUCGAUCUAUGUUUCUUCCCACGUCGCUGACCACUGUUGAGUCAGAAUCGACUAUGGUCCAAGUUAUCGGCCGCAAUCAAUACAACGCUACAGAAUCCCUGUCCCCCCAAUCCGUGGACAGCGAUCCCCUCCAACAGUUCAAGGCAUGGUUCUCUCAAGUCUCUUCCGAGUCUUCCCUCGUAUCCGAACCCGAAUCGAUGGUGCUCUCUACCUGCACUCUGAGUGGCGUUCCUUCCUCUCGCCAAGUUCUAUUGAAGCAAGUCGACAACCAGGGAUUCGUCUUUUACACCAACUACACCUCGCGGAAGAGCCUUGAGCUCGGCGCGAAUCCGAAUUGCGCGUUGGUCUUCUACUGGCGGGAGGCGCAUUGGAGUGUGAGGGUGGUAGGGAGGGCUGAGCGGGUGUCGAGGGAGGAGACAGAGGCGUAUUUUCGCUCCCGACCGAGGGAGAGCCAGUUGGGGGCCUGGGCCAGCAAACAGAGCAGUGUCGUUAGGGAGGGAGAAGUCACGGCUCGACUAGAAGAACUCAAGGUUCGGUUUGAGGGUAAAGAAGUAGAUGUGCCGGAUUUUUGGGGCGGGUGGAGGGUCCUGCCCAGCGAGAUAGAAUUCUGGUCUGGAAGACCGUCAAGGCUACAUGAUCGCGUGAGGUAUCUUAGAAAGGACGGUGGCGAGUGGAAUGUUGAAAGAUUGGCUCCGUGAUACUCUCACAAGAAAUUAUAAUCAUCGUUAUAACUAGAUCUCGAAAACAUAGGUAACAGCAAUAGCGCUCAGAAUGCCAUAUAACACCGGUUCAGACGCUUCUUGCAAUGAACAUUCAGACGACUCU